CAUGCACUCGUACAUGCGCCAGGGAUCAGGAUCCGGCGGAGGAGCAGGAGCAGUCGCAGCUGGAGCACCGCCGCUGGCCAGUCCGGACGAGAUGCACAGUUUCCUAAAGGACAAGCAGGCGUGGGAGCACGCCAUCUCCUUGUACCAGGGUCCGGAUCCACUCGAUCAUUGGUACAACUACAUUUGCUGGUACGAAAAUCACGCGCCCAGCGAUCCGGAGGUAAAGUACCGCGAAACUCUGGAGCGCUGUCUGACGGUGUAUGAGCACAAUGACUACUAUCGCCAGGAUGUCCGUUUGGUGCGGCUGUGGCUGAAGUACAUAGCCAUGCAGACGGAUCCACUCCACUUCUACCAGGUGCUCUUUCAGCGCGGAACUGGCCGCCAGGUGGCCGCCUUCUACAUUGGAUGGGCUGCCUAUUACGAGUCGCGUGAGGAGUUUAAGGAUGCGGAGGCGGUGUUUAACUUGGCCUUCCAGGAGAAGGCGCAGCUCACCUCGGAGCUCCAGCACGCCCACACCAAGUUCGCCUUUGCCAGGACGCUUUUCCACCAGCGACAACAACAGCAGCUCCAGCAACAGCAGCAGCAACAUCCCCCGCAGGAUGCACUGCAGCAACUCACGAACUAUGCACAGCAGCAGAUGCCGCAGAGCUAUACCCAACACCGUCCGCAGCCAUAUCAACAGAAUGUCUAUCAGCAAUAUCAUCCGCAGGCGCAGGCACAUCCAGCCCCACAGCCUCAUCACCCGGUGCCACAGCAGCAUCUACCGAUAGAACAACAGGUGCCCUAUCAGGCACCCUACCAGGAGCCACAGCCGCGCUAUGAACCACAUCCUGCAACUCAGUCCCCAGUAGCAUUACCACCAGCGCAUGUCCAGCAACAACCGCAGUAUGCUCCUGUGGCAGAGCCUCAUUAUGCACCAGCCCAACAGCCACAGUUGCCGCCGCAACGAACUGCAGCACCGCAGCAUCAUGUACAUCAGCCGCAGCAGCUGCAAAAUGGCAACGGCAAUCCACCUCCACAACAAAGUCCUCCAGUGACAAACGAAGUGGCUGGCCUGCGCUUACCACGCAAUUUCCACGCUUACGGCCGCAACAACCAUGAGACCUGGAAGCCCGCUUUGACGCUCGAAGAACCUGAUGAUCCCUCGCGUGUGUGCCAUUAUGCCAAGCAGUUGGUAUAUCCACCGGGAGCAGGCAUUGAGUACAGUCCCGAAGAGAUACUAGCCCGCAAGUUUAAGCAGUUAAUGGAGCAAAAGGCCAAGCCAUCGGAGCCGGCAGAACGAGAACAGCAAUCUCGUUAUGAUUCCUAUGAAUCUGAGAAAUCCUACUAUAUGACUGCUGUGGACGGAGCUCUUUACGGGCAGAACACCAGUAGUGGUCAGGAGAAUACGGGUGAGGAAGAUGAGGACAAUGACGCCGAGGAGGGUGAAGAGGAGGAGGAAGCUGGAGAAGAUAACGGUGAUGAUGAUUCUGAUGAAGAGGAGGAAGACGAUGAGGAGGAGGAGGAGCCUAGCGGACCUUACACAAAUGGCGUGCAGUUCAGUGCGCAAACCACUUUCGAGCAGGAAAACCGAUCGAUUAAGAUAAAGUUCAGGAAGGAGCCCAGCAGCACCUACAGUGCCUAUACCAUAGAGAAUGUUUACCAGCAACAACAACAGCAGCAGGAGCACCAUCAAAUAAUCCAUCAGCCCCCGCCGGCAGUCCAUCAUCCUUCACCGGACCCGGCACCCGCUUCUCCGAUUCCCAUCCAGCGUCAACGCAACGGAAGCCACCACCACUUCCAUCCCUACAUGCUGGGCCAUACCUCGACGCCGAAGAGCGAGGCGAAUGGCUAUCGCAGGGCACGGACCAAAGUCAAGCGCAGCCAGUUCCAGCCGGAUCUCUGCAGCAAUAGUAACUCGGCAUCCUCGGCGGCUGAUGUGGCCAUUGCCACUUCGAGUAGUAUGGUCGCCGGACACACGGUCGCUGGCACUUUCAACGACAAUGCAAACUUUUCGUUCUCUAGUGCUACAGCUUUGGAUAACUCAAAUAGCUCGCUAGCCUUGGCUGUGGAUAGACUCAAUUUCCGAGACACUUCGCAACAACAGAUCCUCCAUCCGGUCAAUAAGACCUUACAAACGCACAACAACAACAAUAACACCAGCAACAACAAUAAUGGCACUAGCACACUGGCCGACUUCUCCACGUUUCAGGAGAACUCGUACUUCGCCACCCAGCACGAUACGGAGGCUCAGGAGCGUCGGCUAUCGAAGGCCGUUGAAACGAUUGCCCGCCACAUGGACAAGGAGGCCAUCGAUCCGUUCAACAGCGAACUUUGCCGCGCUUUCCUCGCCAAGCUGGACUUUCCUGGCGAUCACGAUGCCCAUGCCAGUUACAAGAUUGUCCAAACGCAACUGCCAAAAAUAUCGAACACUCGCACGCUGAACGUCCUGGAAGGCGUUACCUUCAGCAUCGACAAGGAGGUGGGUCGCGGAUCCUACGGCUCGGUUUAUAAAGCCACUGAUUCUCGGACUGGUAAUGUGGUGGCGCUGAAGUAUCAGAAGCCCCCAAACACCUGGGAGAUCUACAUAUGUGAUCAGGUGCUGAAACGCAUCAAGGAGCCGGAGGUGUUGCCUGGCUUGAUGGACAUUUCCACGGCGAUUAUAGCCCCGAAUGCUAGCCUAAUAGCCACCGAGUUCUCCCCGUUCGGUUCGCUGCUGGACAUUAACAACAAGAUCCGCCAGGCUACCACCAAAGUAAUGCACGAAUCGCUGGUGAUGCACUUCUCAGCGCAGAUCUGCAACAUCGUGGACCACCUGCAUCGCCAGCACAUCAUCCAUGCGGACAUCAAACCGGACAACUUCCUGCUGAUGCGUGUGCCCAAUGUGGACAGUCCGAUGCCAUCGCUGCGUUUGAUUGAUUUCGGCUGUGCUAUCGAUAUGACCCUGUUCCCGAACGCUGAGAAGACCAAGUUCCGCAAGGUGGUGCAAACGGAUGGCUUCACCUGUAUCGAGAUGCAGGAGGGACGCAGCUGGUCCUACGAAACGGAUCUCUUCUGCAUUGCGGCGACUGUUCAUGUGAUGCUUUUCGGUGACUAUAUGCAGCCGCAAAAGAAGGGCUCCAGCUGGGAUAUCCGACAGAAGCUGCCGCGUUACCUUAAAAAGCAUGUGUGGACCAAGUUCUUUGGGGAUCUGCUCAACAUGCAAGCGGACAAGCUACCAGCGCUACAGGAAAUGCGUCUCGUCUUUGAGGAGGAGGCGUACCGUAUGGACUCCGAGCUGCAGAAGCAGAUACGCGCUCUAUCCAACAUCCUGCAUCGACGAUAACCAAUCUAUUCCUAUUCCUUUCUAUUAAAUUGUUUUCUGUAUAA